AUGGGAUCUGUUGGAAUGCCUCGAUCAGAUGAGGAGAAAGUUGUAGACGCGACCAAGCCUAUAACAUCAUCCGCGAGCGAUGAGGGAAACAACAAGCAGGCAACCGACUCGAUCGAUGACGAGCCAGUCCCCCAUCUACACGCCAAGACGUUCCUGACUGUCUUUGCGGUGUGCUUCAUCUACUUCGCUCAGCUUGUCAAUGUCGUCGGCGCCGGUGCUCAAACACAGAAUAUUAUUGCCGCCAUAGGGGGCAGCUCCGAGAGCGUAUGGCUGACAUCGACCAUCGCCAUUCUGACCGUAGUCCUAUCACCAAUCGUGUCGCAGGCUGCCGACUACUGGGGUCGCAGAUGGUUCCUGAUCCUGCUCACCCAAUGCGGCGUUAUCGGGUCCAUAGUGGUGGCACGCGCCAAUAGCAUCGGUAUGGCCAUCGCUGGCUUCACCGUCACGGGCAUCUCGUACGGCGCCCAACCGCUCCUCCAUGCCGUCGCGUCUGAGGUCCUGCCUCGAAGGUACCGCCCAUGGGCGCAGGCCGUGACCAAUCUGUCGGCAGCCCUUGGCGGUCUCGUUGGUCUCCUCGUCGGUGGCGCCAUGACCAGAAACCACAAUGUUUCGGGCUUCAGGAACUACUGGUACAUGACGACGGCCAUCUAUUUCGUCGCCACCGCAUUCACCACCAUUCUGUACAACCCCCCAAAGACGCCCAAUCAACUCAACUUUAGCAACGCCGAGAAGCUAGCCAAGCUGGACUGGGCCGGCUACUUUUUGCUUUCCUCCGGUCUCGUGCUCUUUUGCAUGGGUCUUUCGUGGUCGCAAAACCCGUACUCGUGGUCAGACCCGCACCCAUCCGCCACCUUCGCGAUCGGCGUAGCCCUGAUAGUUGGCUUGAUCGUCUACGAGACUUGGUUCAAGCGCGAUGGCAUGCUCCACCACGGCUUGUUCGGCAACCGCAACUUUCCGCUAGCGCUGCUGUGCGUCUUCGUCGAGGGGCUCGUCUUCUUCGCCGCCAACAACUACUUCGCUUUCGAGGUUAGCGUCCUCUAUGAAACCGACUCGCUGCGCACCGGCCUGCGCUAUGGCAUCAACAUGAUCGUCUACGGCCUAAGCGCCGUCCUCGCAGGUCUAUACUGUUCCACCACCAAGAACGUACGCUGGCCCACCGUUGUCGCCUUCGUCUCGAUGAUCAUAUUUUUCGUCUUGAUGGCCACCGCUACGCCGUCCGCAACCAGCUCUCGGAAUGUCUGGGGCUACCCCGUCUUCCUCGGUCUCGGGCUUGGUAUCUGUCUCUGCGCGCUAGUUACGGUGGCGCAGCUUUCCACCCCGCGCGAGCUUAUCGCCAUCACCAGCGGAUUGAUGAUCGGCAUGCGGUCGCUUGGCGGUUCCGUCGGUCUCGCCAUCUAUAAUGCUAUCCUUACGGGCGAGUUGAGCAACCAUCUGGGACCUAACAUCGCCUCGGCUGUAGUUCCACUUGGUCUGCCCGAAUCCUCUCUCGGAUCGUUUAUAGCGGCCCUCUCGACUCAGGACAACACCGCCCUGAUGGCUGUCCCCGGUGUCUCACCGUCCAUCAUCCAGGCUGGAGCUGGAGCUCUUCUACAAACGUACAGCGUCGCCUUCCGAUGGGUGUGGACGGCUGCGGGAGCGUUUACGGUCGUUGCAGCCGUUGGUGCCGUGUUCUUAGUCGACCCCAAAAAGGAGUUCAACAACCACAUCGACGCCCCCGCCGAGAAAGAGGAGGAGCUGUACAGGAACUAA